UAGGUACUAGGUUUUUAUCGGCCGUCGUAGGCGACCGCAUGCUACACCAACUGCUCAAGCCCUACUUCUUCAUUCCCCUUCCUAUAUAUAAUCUUCAGAUCCAUUAUCGUCUCUAAUUCUUCCUGUUUUCACCACUAAUUUGCCUACACCUUCAACAUCGGAUCCCUCUGUUCGUUGCUGUCGUUUUAGGCUCCUUCAUCAUGUUUGGGCGUGCUCCUAAGAAAAGUGACAGUUCAAAGUACUACGAAAUUCUUGGUGUUCCUCAAACCGCAACUCAAGAUGAACUAAAGAAAGCAUACCGAAAAUCUGCCAUAAAGAAUCAUCCUGACAAAGGUGGAGACCCUGAGAAGUUCAAAGAAUUAUCUCAAGCAUAUGAAGUUCUUAGUGAUCCGGAAAAACGAGAAAUUUACGAUGAAUACGGUGAAGAUGCUUUGAAAGAGGGCAUGGGAGGGGGCGGUAGCUCUUCUGGGAACCCAUUCGACGUUUUUGAGCAGUUUUUCGGUGGUGGUUUUGGAGGUGGUUUUGGUGGUGGUGGAAGUUCCAGAACCAGGAAGAAACACGGAGAAGAUGUAAAACAAGUUCUUAAGGUCUCUUUAGAGGAUGUUUAUAAUGGCACCACCAAGAAACUCUCUCUGUCGAGGAAUAUAUUGUGCAAGAAAUGUAAAGGGAAAGGUUCAAAGAGCGGUGCUUCAUCGAGAUGUUACGGAUGCCAAGGUUCUGGGAUGCGGGUCUCAACCCGACAAAUCGCCCCGGGAAUGAUCCAACAAACGCAGCAUGUGUGUCCCGAAUGUAGAGGAUCUGGUGAAUCGAUUAAUGAGAGAGACCGAUGCCAACAGUGCAAAGGAAAGAAGGUUACACAGGAGAAGAAAGUGCUCGAAGUUAACGUAGAAAAGGGAAUGCAAAAUGGUCAAAAAAUUGUGUUUGAAGGUCAAGCGGAUGAAGCUCCCGAUACUGUUACAGGAGAUAUCGUUUUCAUAUUGCAAUUGAAAGAACACCCUAAGUUCAAAAGAAAACAAGACGAUCUUUAUGUGGAACGUAAUGUCAGUUUAAGUGAAGCUCUUUGCGGGUUUCAGUUCGUUCUUACUCAUCUUGACGGCAGACAACUUCUCGUUAAAACAAACCCCGGAGAAAUCAUCAAACCUGAUUCAUACAAAGGGAUCAACGACGAGGGAAUGCCGCAGUGGCAGAGGCCGUUCAUGAAGGGGAAGCUCGUAAUCCAUUUCAACGUAACGUUUCCCGAAACAGGGGUUUUGACACCUGAACAAUGCAAGGUUCUAAAGACCAUUUUACCCUCUGGUGGGGCCAGCGCUAGUUUAUCUGACAUGGCGAUGGAUGACUGUGAAGAAACCAUUUUACAUGAUGUAAACAUGGAAGAAGAAAUGAGGAGGAGAGAGUAUCAGAGACAACAGGAAGCUUAUAUUGAAGAAGAUGAUGAUGAACCCGGAAUGCCGCGUGUGGGUUGUAACCAGCAGUAAACCCCUAUUUCAGUUUUAUAAAUGGUUAGAUGUUUUUAUAUUUUUUAUGAUUUAUGUUGCCUACCUGCUUGAUAUUUUUGAUUUUAGUAAUAUGGUAUUUUGAGUGUCAACUUGGCUUUGUUUUGUUGGUUUUAUGGUUAAAUUUGAUUGAUGGUUAUGAUAUAGAUUUGCA